AAGUGACUCUUUUACUGUGAUGCAGGCUCUCUCCAUACAUCACUAGUGACUGGCUGGUUAGUGGGUGACGGCUAAACGAAAUAGGAGGGUCCGGGGUGCACCUAUAGGAAAUUGAUUAAUCAUUAGUCCAUCACCGCCUUCUCGGCGACUUGUCUGCGAGACGAGCAGUGGCUGCAGUUUCAGCUUCCGGUUUUGCCUGAGGCCAGGAAUCCAUUUCACCAUGUCAAAACAAAUCAGGAAACAGUUCCUUAUCCUCCUCUUCAUCACCAUGUGCAUAAUCACACUCUUUGUUUGGAAUAGACCAACCAGGUUCAACCCGAGACCUGUUGUUCCAGAGGUUUGUCUGCGAUCAGUCUCCAAAGAGAGCAUAACUCCCCUGAAAAAUACCAAGCACUUCUUAGUCUCAGCCUACAUGGACCAGAGAGUACAGGGCUUUGACAUUCGCCUCAUCGGGAUGUUUCGGAGAGACUCCAUCCAGGAACUCCAUUGCUUUUACUGCUGUGCCGGCUACACAAGUGAAACCACUCCAGCGACAAUUUUACAACACUCGGACAACUUCGGGUUUCCAUUCGUCACCACAGAUGUCAUGUGCCAGAUUCCUAAAACCUGCAAUGCCACACAUGUCACUCUUCUGACUCAAACAACGCCUGAGAAUGGAACCGAAUACAUCUGGCUUCCCAUAAGGAACAAGAAAACUAAUGGAGGAGAGGAGAAAAUGAUGGAUUUCACUGUGUGCGUCUCCAAUUUGUUUGGGGGCUACAACAAUGUGCUGCAGUUUGCACAGACACUAGAGAUGUACAGGUUGCUCGGCGUGAACAGAGUGGUGAUCUACAACACCAGCUGUGGCCCGGACCUUGACCGUCUUCUGCAGAGUUACAGCCAGGAGGGCUUUGUGGAAAUAGUUUCCUGGCCAAUCGACAAAUACAUGAAUCCAUCGCGAGGCUGGCUCUUUUCAGAACAUGGUGGCGAUAUUCACUACUUUGGCCAGCUCACCACACUCAACGAGUGCAUCUACAGAUCCAUGGAGCGUUCCCGCUAUGUCCUGCUAAACGAUAUAGAUGAGAUCAUCAUGCCGUAUCAACAUGACAACCUGAAGUCUCUGAUGGACGAGCUGCAGAAGCAGGAUCCAAACGUGGGAGUGUUCUUCAUUGAGAACCACAUCUUUCCCAAGCAUCACUUUGAACCAAGUGGGAGGUUUCACCUUCCUAAGUGGAGCCGGGUGCCUGGAAUUAAUAUUCUGGAACAUGUUUACAGAGAAGACCCUGACCGACAGACUUACCAUCCAUACAAGAUGAUUGUUCAGCCAAGGAUGGUGGAGCAGACAUCAGUGCAUGAAGUGCUUCAAUUUUUUGGGCAGAAGUACAAAGUCCCGCUGGACGUCUGUCGGAUCAUUCACGUCCGUGUUGCCCUACGGAAAUUACUAAAACUGGAGGAGCUCAAUGUGGACAAGCGGCUGUGGGACUUUGAGGAAAAAUUGAUUCCCAAUGUGGACAAAGUGUUGGAAAAUUUGGGGUUCCUAUAAUAGAAAUUGAAGGAUGGGGUCAGAAGGAAAGACCAGCCAACAAGGAUCCUGUUUCACAGCUUAAAGCAGACAGUGAAUGUAUUCUUUCAGAGGGAGCUUGUUUAGUACUUUCUUUUAGACCCCUCCUCCCCCCAAUUUAUAGCCAGCACACACAAGUCAGUUUUGUAAUGUAAUUAUGUGGUGUAUUUGAAAGGUUUUGCACAGGUAGUUAAACUAUUCAUGUAACACAGAAGUAAACUCGUGCUUUUUAUUUCAGCAGGUAAGUCCUAUUUGUAACAGGGAUUCAUAACAACUAAAGCUGAUCCUUUCCUUGAUAUUUUGUUUUCAUUUUCAUAAAUGAGUCAGGGAUUUUUAAGUU